AAAUUAUGCUGUGGCUUCAAGUGCCAUCGGAAUUAUCGUAAAUAUGAGUUUCUCUCAUGUCUUUACUCCUGGGAAAUAAUGUUGAUACCCGAGUUUCCGAGUUGGGCGGGUCAUAAACUUUAAACUUGGUGGAGGGAACAACUAUUGCUGCUGUCAAUGCUGUUCUCAAAACAACUACAUCCCUUUGUCUUGUUAAAGUAGUGUAUUUAUAGGCUAUAUAUGAACGAUCAUGCGACGCUUAUUGUGUGUUUUAUAAGCAGUGAAAUAAGCGUGUAUUUGACCGAAAUUCCAGAAUUGUCAGCGAACUGCAUGUAUGUUUAUAUGAUUGUCAACCAAUGGGAUGCUACAUUUGAUUCUUUCCGACAUUAAAGCACUUGAAUACGACAAGCUCGUAAUCACGACUUCAUCAGUGGGAAAUAGGACAUUUCCGAGUGCGACAGCACGUGAAGACAGCAUUAGAUCUGCGCGGGAGCCAUCGCACCAAAUCAUGUGCGUCACAGGCUGAGCGUGUGACGCUGUUUCCGGUGCCGCGAUGGCGGUGGAUUUGACUCCGCGGUUCAGAAGACUGAACAGUCAAAGCUGUUUUACAGAGAAUAAACAACUGUCAGGUUUCUCUGGGCCCUUCAGGGCCACUCAGCUGUGGCAGAACAUCAUAGAGGCUCUGCGGAUGCAGGUGGAGCUCCGACCCCGCAGACAGCACCUGCGCGUCCAUCACGACUGCUUCACCGGCUCUGAUGCGGUAGAUGUGGUUCUGAGCCUCCUCAUGCAGAACAUCUACUUCUGCUCCAGCGAAGUGUCCCGUCUCAAAGCCGCCAGGCUGUGCCAGGCCUUAAUGGAGUCUAGAGUAUUCGAACCAAUCGGGAUAAAGCUCUUCAGACGAGAAAAAGAAAUGACCUUUGAGGACUCCAGCUGCAGCCUCUACCGCUUCCUGGACGGAUCAACCAAAAAUACAUACAGUGGCAGUGGGAACCAGACUCCAGACAAACAAACUGGAAAGAGGAAAACCACUUCGAGGUUUGGAGAAAUGCAGACCAUCUCCAACCCUCUGUUUCUUGGAUCAUCAGAUAGAAGAGUGGAGAGACUACUGAAGAAUAUAAACCUCCACCCAUCUGUGCCCUCUGAUUUAAAUCGUGCUGCAAUUUCCAACAGCUUCCUGUCAAAAAAAGUGGUACGGGACGUUUGGAGGCAGCAGGCGUUACUUCAGUUGUUACAGGUGGUUGAGAUCUCUAUGCUAGACUGUAUUCUGACCUCACCUGCCAAACCAGAGCCCCUGCGCUCGUCUCUACGCCACCACGGUGACCUGGUCAUCUCCAACACCUGUGUAGAUCGUGAAGUGUCAGAAAGUCUCAACCUGCCUGAGUUGGACUCUUGGCUGACGGCAGCGGUGGAUUGUCUCGAUCUGUUCCCAGAUCAGUUAAUCGUGGUUGCCAGUGAACAGCUGAUUCAGCAGAAUGCAGCAUCUGGGAAGGAGAAGCAUAAGAGACUGCUGUUCGACACUAUCGCCAAGUAUUACAACAGCCCAGAGAGACCUCCACUGCUGUCAGGACGCUACACUGACAUCCAGACUGGAAUCCUACAUCUUUUGGAUUGUGGGAGAGGUGAGGAUGCCCUGAGAGCAGCUCAGCUCUGUCUGCAGCUGCUGGAGUCCACAAGCAGAGAUGAGUUACGCAGACUGUUGGGUUUUAUGGCAGCCGCUGCAGAUAAUGAAGCUUUCAGACUGCACAAGCAGAUUGAGAACCGGGCUUUGGUUAGCAAGACGUUUGUGAAGGCUGUGAUCCCGAGUAAAGAAAUGACUCGUGUCCAGUGUGAGCAACUGCUGCUGUUCCUCAUGGAUAAUCACACACAACUCUUUAAGACGCCAUUAUCAUUGAUUGAGGCUGUGAGGAAGACACUACAAACUUUGCAGCAAGGGAGGGAUCUAGAUAAUGUAGCACUCUUCACAUUCUGCCAGCAGGUGUCGCUCCAGCAGUAUGAGGAUAACAAAGAUAAAGCCACUCUUGAUAGCUUGAAGCAGUUAAUGCACCAUAUCGCUCACAGUGACGGCCUGUCCGUCAAACAGAAGAGACGACUGGCCAAACAGUUCCAGAAACAUCACCCAGGGAUUUUCCUCCAGCACUUCUUUUCUUCAGUCUAGAAACACAGGAUAAAAAUAGUCUGUUAGUCUGUGAAUGUUUUUAUUAAUCUGGGUUAUAGAAGUACUCCAGGUAGAGAUGUUUGUUAAAGGGAUAGUUCACCCAAAAAUGAAAAUUCUGUCAUUAAUUACUCACCCUCAUGUCGUUGCAAAUUUGUAAAACCUUCGUUCAUCUUCGGAACACAAAUUAAGAUAUUUUUGAUGAGUUCCGAGAGCUCUCUGACCCUCCCAUAGACAGCAAGUGUACACGAUCAACGCACAGAAACGUAGCAAGGACAUCGUUAAAAUAGUCCAUGUGACAUCAUGUGACAUCAUGUGACAUCUUAAUUUGUGUUCCGAAGAUGAACGAAGGUCUUAUGGGUUUGGAACUAUAUGUGACCUGGACCAUAAAACCAGUCUUAAAUCGCUGGGGUAUAUUUGUAGCAAUAGCCAAAAAUACAUUGUAUGGGUCAAAAUUAUGGAUUUUUCUUUUAUGCCAAAAAUCAUUAGGAUAUUAAGUAAAGAUCAUGUUCCAUGAAGAUAUUUUGUAAAUUUCUUACCGUAAACAUAUCAAAACUUCAUUUUUGAUUAGUAAUAUGCAUUUGCUAAGAACUUCAUUUGGACAACUUUAAAGGCGAUUUUCUCAAUAUUUAGAUUUGUUUGCUCCCUCAGAUUCCAGAUUUUCAAAUAGUUGUAUCUCGGUCAAAUAUUGUCCGAUCAUAACAAACCAUACAUCAAUGGAAAGUUUAUUUAUUCAGCUUUCAUGGUGUUAACAUCUCAAUUUCGAAAAAUUUACAUUUAAGACUGGUUUUGUCGUCCAGGGUCACAUGAGGGAGUUUUCGUUUUUGGGUAAACUAUCCCUUUAAACUUAUUUUUAUUAGUUGAAAGCAUUUUGACAGUGGCUUCAUCAGUUAUAGGAUGGUGAGAAUGUCCCCACAUUCCACCUAAUAUAGCAAUCCAGAGAUUAGAAAUGAAUUACAAACUUGCAGGACUGUGUUUGUAGACAGAUGACUUCAUUUGCAAAUAGACUCAAGCUUUAUAAGCAGGACCGUUAUUAUAAAUAUUAAUAUAAUGAAGAAACUGCUAAUCACUACUAUACACUACAUAGAUUUCAUCAGGUGAGUGAAUAUGCUGUUUUCAUGAGCUUUGAAAAGGCAGCAUCAUCUUGAACAUCUCGGUGUAGAAUUACUUGAAUUGUGUGAAAUGCUCAGGUUAUUUUUUUUAAAGCUAUUAGAAAUAGUUUUAGCUGCACUUGAAAUUGAGAAAUAGAUAAUUAUGCCUUAAAGGUAGAGAUUUGAAUUAUGCUCUUUUAGGUGAAAGGAUCACUUAUUUACUUUUAUUUGCAAUGACUGUGAGCACAGAUGUUUUAAAUUAAUAUUGACUUCAUAUAUUACUGUGCUCUGCAUAAGUGUCAUCUUCUGAUUUUUAAGUGGAUUUGUAUUGAAAAAUGUAGCAUAGUAUGGUGUUACUAUGUAUGUAUGAGGCAUAAUUAUUCAGAAAGUUUAACUGCUAAAAUUAUUUUAACUCCUAAAAUAAUGAUCAUGAAUAGGGUUGGGAAUCGUUUGAAUUUGAUCAAUUCUGCUUAUCGACUGUGAUUCUUAUUAAUUCCCAGUUUCGAUUCCAAUGUGGUAAAAAAAAAAAAGAUUCAAGCAUUUAGAUAUCAAACAUAUUUAUUCUGUCUCUUUGUAAAACUUCUAAUUGCUGCUGAAUACCAUGAACAAAAAUCAGCCGGCUAUAUAAAAACUGGGCUCGAUUAAUAGCUGUUUGUGUGCAAAUUAGUGCUGCACGAUUCUGGAUAAAUUGAUACUUUUUUUUUUUUUUUUUUUGUGGAUGUUGUGGUUUUCUCACAAUUCUGAAGAAAAAAACAUUAGGGAACUAAACAAAAUCUCAUGGAAUUUAUGAAUAGAAUGAUUCAAUGACUCAUUCAAGAUAAACUCCUUUCAUUACUGGAUUAAAUCAGUGUUUUUGAAUAAAUAUCUUGAAUGAUUCAAAGACAAAUACAUCUCAACAGCCUCUUUUCACCACCUAAAAAAAAAAAAAAAAAAAUGCACACACAGGAAUUGAUAGAUGGAAUAGAAUUUUUCAUUUUACAACAAGUAUCCAAUUCCUGACCUAAUUCUGGAAUUGGAAUUGAAUUUCGAUUUCCAACCCGAAUCAUAAAUGCACUGGAUUAAUUGUGGUGUUACGUAUUAAUGGUAUUUAUUAAUAAGUAAUUUAACAGAAAGUGAAUUGCAUACUGGUACUGAUUAUUACUUACAAAUAAUUGCGUAAGAUUGUUGUUUUAGAUGCACUUUUUAAUUUUCUGAUAUUUUAAACUCAUUAAAAUGCA